CGGGGUGGCUUGAGGACGCGACGGAAGCGGCGAAGGAGCUUGGUCACGGAGUGCCAGACUGUGAGGGGCGCCGCGCUGCUAACCUUCCGCCAACCGCCGCUGCACCGAGCCGGCCGGGCCACGCCACGCCACGCGGGCAUCAUGAUCACUUCCGCCGCUGGGAUUAUUUCACUUCUGGAUGAGGAAGAGCCAGAACUCAAGGAAUUUGCUCUUCACAAACUGAAUGCCGUUGUCAACGACUUCUGGGCUGAGAUUUCUGAGUCUGUAGACAAAAUUGAAAUCCUGUAUGAGGAUGUGGGCUUCCGGAGUCGUGAGUUUGCCGCUUUGGUGGCCUCGAAGGUCUUUUAUCACCUGGGGGCCUUUGAGGAAUCGCUCAACUAUGCCCUGGGAGCUGGCAACCUCUUCAACGUCAACGACAACUCUGAAUAUGUGGAGACCAUCAUCGCAAAGUGUAUCGACCACUACACCAAACAAUGCGUGGAAAAUGCAGAUCUGGCCGAGGGAGCCAAGAAGGCCGUGGAUCCGAGGCUGGAGGGGAUCGUCAACAAGAUGUUCCAGCGCUGCUUAGACGACCACAAGUACAAGCAAGCCAUUGGGAUUGCCCUGGAGACACGCAGGCUGGAUAUCUUCGAGAAAACCAUUUUAGAAUCGAACGAUGUUCCUGGGAUGCUGGCCUACACCUUAAAGCUCUGCAUGUCGUUGAUGCAGAAUAAGCAAUUCCGCAACCAGGUGCUGCGAGUUCUGGUCAAAAUCUACAUGAACCUGGAGAAGCCUGACUUCAUCAACGUGUGCCAGUGCCUCAUCUUCUUAGACGAUCCGCAGGCCGUGAGUGACAUCUUGGAGAAGCUGGUGAAGGAGGACAACCUGCUCAUGGCGUACCAGAUCUGCUUCGACCUGUAUGAAAGCGCCAGCCAGCAGUUCCUCUCCGCUGUGAUUCAGAACCUCCGGACCGUGGGCUCCCCUAUUGCUUCUGUGCCUGGGUCGACUAACACGGGGACUGUCCCCAGCGUGGAAAAAGAAGGGGACACCAUGGAGACAGAGGAAAAGGCAGGGAGCCCUGUGGCUGCAGGGAAAUCCACCCAAAGCAGCAACCCCGAGUCAAAAGAGCAGAUCCCCAAAAUGAUCAAAAUUUUAAGCGGCGAAAUGGCCAUUGAGUUACACCUGCAGUUUUUAAUACGAAACAACAACACAGACCUCAUGAUCCUAAAAAACACAAAGGAUGCUGUACGGAAUUCCGUCUGUCACACAGCCACAGUUAUAGCAAACUCCUUCAUGCACUGCGGAACGACCAGUGACCAGUUCCUUAGAGAUAACUUGGAGUGGCUGGCCAGGGCCACCAACUGGGCCAAGUUCACUGCUACAGCCAGCCUGGGUGUGAUACAUAAGGGCCACGAGAAGGAGGCUCUCCAGUUAAUGGCGACGUACCUGCCUAAAGACACGUCUCCCGGCUCAGCCUAUCAGGAAGGAGGCGGGCUUUACGCCCUGGGACUCAUCCACGCCAACCACGGCGGCGACAUCAUCGACUACUUGCUGAACCAGCUUAAGAACGCCAGCAAUGAUAUCGUCCGCCACGGGGGCAGCCUUGGCCUCGGCUUAGCCGCCAUGGGGACCGCACGCCAAGAUGUGUAUGACCUUCUGAAAACAAACCUGUACCAAGAUGAUGCAGUGACAGGUGAAGCGGCUGGCCUGGCUCUCGGACUGGUGAUGCUGGGAUCGAAAAACGCCCAGGCGAUUGAGGACAUGGUGGGCUACGCCCAGGAGACUCAGCACGAGAAGAUCCUGCGAGGCCUGGCGGUCGGCAUCGCCCUGGUGAUGUACGGGCGGAUGGAGGAGGCCGACGCCCUCAUCGAGAGCCUCUGCAGAGACAAGGAUCCGAUCCUCCGUCGUUCGGGGAUGUAUACAGUUGCCAUGGCGUACUGCGGCUCAGGGAACAACAAAGCGAUCAGGCGCCUCUUGCAUGUGGCGGUGAGCGACGUCAACGAUGAUGUACGAAGGGCAGCCGUGGAGUCCCUGGGCUUCAUUUUGUUCAGGUACGGUUUUCUCAUAUCCUUCUCUUUUGCGUUAUCCGACGAUGUAUCCAAAGUUCUGCGGAGUCACCUGUGCUUCCUCUUAAGCAAACCAAAAACUUGUCUGUAUUGA